AACGCAAAAAUAGUGAAGAAAAAAAGAGCUGCUCAAGUGUGGAGUUCUGACGAUAGAGAGAGUUAACGCUCGUUUUGACUAAUUUCUCAAGGAACUCUAAUAUUUAGUGACACAUAGCGACUUGGGAAAGAACUAGAACGAGAGAAGAGGAUACUGAAAUUAGUGUUGGGCAAAAUUCCUUGUUAAGAAGUUUUCAACAUAGAAAAGCUUUGGCGAUUUGUUGAGGGAUAAGAUAUUUUGUCUUUUGUUGUGGAACGUUUGCUCGGGAACCUGUUGCUACCCGGAGGAGUUAUUAAGGGCACAAACAUAGGCUUCUAGGAGCGAAGCGCUGUAAACAGAAGCGCGGUGUGCUUUAUAAAAUACAAAAAAUUAAAAAAAGAUCAAGCUGGGUUUUGAGAAUUUUUAGUUAUGUUUAAGAAUACAUUUCAAAGCGGCUUCUUGUCCAUUUUGUACAGCAUUGGGAGCAAACCUCUACAAAUAUGGGAUAAAAAGGUGAGAAAUGGCCAUAUAAAGCGUAUUACGGACAACGACAUCCAGUCGUUAGUGCUUGAGGUGGAAGGAACCAAUGUCAGCACGACCUACAUCACAUGUCCUGCAGAUCCGAAGAAAACCCUGGGCAUCAAACUCCCCUUCCUGGUCAUGAUCAUCAAGAAUCUGAAGAAAUAUUUCACAUUUGAAGUUCAGGUAUUGGAUGAUAAAAACGUGCGGCGGAGAUUCAGAGCCAGUAACUACCAGAGCACCACACGGGUGAAGCCCUUCAUCUGCACCAUGCCCAUGCGGCUGGACGACGGCUGGAACCAGAUCCAGUUCAACCUGUCGGACUUCACACGGAGAGCGUACGGCACCAACUACAUCGAGACGCUGCGAGUACAGAUCCACGCGAACUGUCGCAUAAGAAGAGUGUACUUUUCCGAUCGACUGUACUCCGAGGACGAGCUGCCGGCAGAGUUUAAACUCUAUUUGCCGGUUCAAAACAAAGCAAAGCAGUAACGUGGCACGUCUGAACCUUUCCUCGAUUCCUGCAGUUUUUCCCCCUCACCAAAUUUCCAGUCAUGUGACUUUGCCUUGUUUAGUUUAGGCUUUUUUUUUUUUCUUCCUGUGUUGUAUGUUUUAUAUGCCCAAUGUGAGCGGAGAAUUCAGCCCGAAAUGUGAAUUCAGCAUUCAGAGCAACAAAAGUAACAUAUUAUAUUUGUGUGCGUGUGUGUGUGUGCGUGCGUACGUGCGUGCGUGUGUGUGUGUGUGUGUGAUACACAUGAAAGACAUCAUUGGCUUGACCAGCUUUAUUUUCUUAACCGGAACUUCAGCUGCCACAAUACGUCGGAACGUACGUAGGAACGUAGCAAUGAUCUGUACAUCAUUAUGUUAAAGGUUGUGGGCGGAAAUUGUGCGUUUUAUAGAUUUUUCUUUUUUUUCUUUUUUUUUGGCACCUGUCACUAAAAUAAACCUCCUUAUAAAACCAAA